AGAGGCGAGGUCUAGUUCCGGCCGCGGCCGCCGCCGUCGCCGCCGCCAUCUGUCACCUUACCUCCGGCAGCAGCCACAGCCGGUCGCCCCUUCACCGCCUGUCUCCUCGGCGGAGGCUGCUUCCCGUCCUGCCACCUCUCUGCUUUGUUCUUGUCGCUGCCUUCUUCCCCCCAAUGGACCUGGUCGGAGUGGCAUCACCUGAGCCCAGGCCUGCGGCGGCCUGGGAACCCAGCAAGUGUCCAUGGGCUACCCCUCAAAAUACAAUAUCAUGUUCUUUGGCUGAUGUAAUGAGUGAACAGUUGGCUAAAGAACUGCAGUUAGAAGAAGAAGCUGCUGCAUUUCCUGAAGUUUCUGUUGCUGAAGGACCGUUUAUUACUGGAGAAAACAUCGACACUUCCAGCGACCUAAUGCUGGCUCAGAUGCUACAGAUGGAAUUUGACAGAGAAUAUGAUGCACAGCUUAGGCGCGAAGAAAAAAAAUUCAAUGGAGAUAGCAAAGUUUCCAUUUCCUUUGAAAAUUAUCGAAAAGUGCAUCCUUACGAAGACAGUGAUAGCUCUGAAGAUGAGGUUGACUGGCAGGAUACGCGUGAUGAUCCCUACAUACCAGCAAAACCAGUUCCUACUCCCAAAAAGGGUUUUAUUGGAAAAGGAAAAGACAUCACCACCAAACAUGAUGAAGUAGUAUGUGGGAGAAAGAAUACGGCAAGAAUGGAAAAUUUUGCACCUGGGUUUCAGGUAGGAGAUGGAAUUGGAAUGGAUUUAAAACUAUCAAACCAUGUUUUCAAUGCUUUAAAACAACAUGCCUACUCAGAAGAACGUCGAAGUGCUCGCCUCCAUGAGAAAAAGGAGCAUUCUACUGCAGAAAAAGCAGUUGACCCUAAGACACGUUUGCUUAUGUAUAAAAUGGUCAACUCUGGAAUGCUGGAGACAAUCACUGGCUGUAUUAGUACAGGAAAGGAAUCUGUUGUCUUUCAUGCAUAUGGAGGCAGCAUGGAGGAUGAAAAGGAAGCUAGUAAAGUUAUACCCACAGAAUGUGCCAUCAAGGUAUUUAAAACAACCCUUAACGAGUUUAAGAAUCGUGACAAAUAUAUUAAAGAUGAUUUCAGGUUUAAAGAUCGCUUCAGUAAACUAAAUCCACGUAAGAUCAUCCGCAUGUGGGCAGAAAAAGAAAUGCACAAUCUCACAAGAAUGCAGAGAGCUGGAAUUCCUUGUCCAACAGUUGUACUGCUCAAGAAACACAUUUUAGUUAUGUCUUUUAUUGGCCAUGAUCAAGUCCCAGCCCCUAAAUUAAAGGAAGUAAAACUCAGUAGUGAAGAAAUGAAAGAAGCCUACUAUCAAACUCUUCAUUUGAUGCAGCAGUUAUAUAAUGAAUGUACGCUUGUACAUGCUGACCUCAGUGAGUAUAACAUGCUGUGGCAUGCUGGAAAGGUCUGGUUAAUUGACGUCAGUCAGUCGGUAGAACCAACCCAUCCUCACGGCCUGGAGUUCUUGUUCCGUGACUGUAGGAAUGUCUCACAGUUUUUCCAGAAAGGAGGAGUAAAGGAAGCCCUUAGUGAACGAGAACUCUUCAAUGCCGUUUCAGGCUUAAACAUCUCAGCAGACAAUGAAGCUGAUUUCUUAGCUGAGAUAGAAGCUUUGGAGAAAAUGAAUGAAGAUCAUGUUCAGAAGAAUGGAAGGAAAGCUGCCACAUUUUUGAAAGAUGAUGGAGGCCCACCAGUGCUCUAUGACGAGUAGCACCAGUACCCAUUGCUUUCAGUGUUAACACAGCGGUGACUGUCAGCUGCCAAUAGCAAAUGAAGUUAUGGGUGACUGGAAAUACCAAAACCUGAGGAGUAUACAAUGGUGCUUCUGUGCUUUUUCCCCCUUGUAACCCAUGUGUCAGAUGUGUGGAAUUUUUAGCUUGGCAUUGAGAGAAUAAAGUGUCACUACCUCUCAUCUUAUGAACAGGAUAAUAUGAUUAUUUGUCAGCUACUGGUUAUCUGGCUGAAAUAGACCUAAUUUUACAUGACUCAUGGUAUAAAAUGUUUUGAUGAAAAUUUUUAAAACGUAGGUAACAUUUCCAAAUAUGGGAGGAAAGGAAGAUGUGUUUACAAGGGAGGGUUUUGUUACCAUGUAUUUGCUUUAUUCACCUCCCUGUUUUGUGUUACUUCUCUCCUUGAAUAUUUUAUUGGCCUAAAAUUAGCCCUUCUCACUUCUUUUUCCAGACAGUGGCUAUGAUUCUAAAGGAAAAUUUAUUCUCUUUAGUGGACAUUACAAAUGGAAAUUUGGUUUCAGAAUGGCUGAUAGAAAUAGACAUGAACAAUGUACUUUUUAUUGGUACAUAAUGAAAAUGAACUGAAAUUUACUUUUUCCAUACUCAUAUCCAAGAAAAGCCAUCAUAGAUUUCUAGAAGAGAUAAAUAUAUGAGAACUUCUUAACUAUUCAGAUUUUUAAAUUUAACUUUCAGCUUUUCUACGUUUAGGUAAAAUGGUUAGGAUAUAAUUCAUGGUGUGGCUACUCUUCAUUUAAAAUGAAAAUGUAAAUUAUCUGGAAGGCCAGAAUAUAAGACUUAACCAUGUUUGAGAUAUUUUAAUGAAGUCAGUGAAACAAAGUUCAGUUUACAUUUCACUAAAACAAUAUACUUAUUGAUUGAUUAUGAGAGAAAUAUAAUAAGGUAAUUAGAAAUAUUAAAUAAUCAAAAAAUGAAAAAGAUAUAUAAAACAACUUGGAUGCCAAAUUAACCAACUAAUUUGAGCUAUAUGGCCUCACUUUUAAUAGUUUCUAAUACUGGCUGAACACCACUUUUUCUUUUCUUUUUUUUUAAAUUUUUUUCUUUUAAAGAUGACCGGUAAGGGGAUCUUAACCCUUGACUUGGUGUUGUCAGCACCAUGCUCAGCCAGUGAGCGAACUGGCCAUCCGUAUAUGGGAUCCGAACCAGGGGCCUUGGUGUUAUCAGCACCGCACUCUCCCGAGUGAGCCACGGGCCGGCCCUGAACACCACUUUUUCAAAAGCAAGCAUUGUACUGGAAAAGUACAGUGACUUUGUUAAGAUUGAAGUUCAUUAAAGAAAUCAUUUCUUCUAUUACUGAAGUCAGAUUGGAACCACUAAAGAUCCAAACUUGCUGGUAACAGAAAAUGCAAAUCUAAACAUUAGUUACAUUUGAAAUCUUCUCUUUUACCAUUAGUUUUAAAUGCCAAAUAUUUGUAUCUAGAAAAAUAUUUUUGUUCUUGUACCUUUUAACUACAUUUCAGAGAAGUGUGAUUUUGGGUAGAUAGUCAUUACAUUUCUGAAAUGUUUCCUACCCUGAAAUAAAAUUUAUGUAGAUGGCUGGUGAUUAUUGGCUUUACAGAAAUUUCAGAGAACUAAUUUUUAAAACCAUUGAUCAUUUAAAACUUGUUUUGUUUUCUGACAUACUCUGUUUGACAAAGAACAGCAAACCAGUGCUGUGUGGCGUUCUUGGAGUGUGCUGUGAACAUCCUUUCUAAGAAAUUAAAAAUGAAAAGAUCAUUUUAGAA